AUGAUGCGGGGAAACUGGACAACCGUUAGGGAAUUUAUUCUUGUGAGCUUCUCAACCUUGUCCUCUGAGCUGCAGGCUCUACUCUUUCUCCUGUUUCUGGGCAUUUACCUAGUCACACUAAUGGGCAAUGUUCUCAUCAUUCUGGUUACUACAGCUGACUUUGCCCUGCAAAGUCCUAUGUACUUCUUCCUCAGAAACUUAUCCUUCCUGGAGAUAGGCUUCAACUUGGUCAUCGUACCCAAGAUGCUAGGGACUCUGAUACUCCAAGACACAACUAUCUCUUUCCUUGGAUGUGCCACUCAGAUGUAUUUCUUCUUCUUCUUUGGGGUUGCUGAGUGCUGCCUCUUGGCCACUAUGGCAUAUGACCGCUAUGUGGCCAUCUGUGACCCUUUGCACUACCCAAUAAUCAUGAGCCACAGGUCCUGUGCCCAGCUGGCAGCUGCUUCUUGGUUCUCAGGGGUCCCAGUAGCUACUGUGGAAACCACAUGGAUUUUCAGUUUCCCUUUUUGCGGCCCAAACAGGGUGAACCACUUCUUCUGUGACAGUCCCCCUGUCAUUGCCCUGGUCUGUGCUGACACCUCUCUGUUUGAACUGGAGGCUCUGACAGCCACUGUCCUGUUCAUCAUCUUCCCUUUCUUGUUGAUCCUGGGUUCAUAUGUCCACAUCCUCUCCACCAUCUUUAGGAUGCCUUCAGCUGAGGGAAAGCGUAAGGCCUUCUCCACCUGUUCCUCCCAUCUCCUAGUCGUCUCCCUCUUCUACAGCACUGCCAUCCUCACGUACUUCCGGCCUCGCUCUAACACCUCCCCUGAGAACAAGAAGGCACUGUCGCUCUCCUACACUGUCGUGACUCCCAUACUGAACCCCAUUAUCUACAGCUUAAGGAAUAAUGAGGUGAAGGCUGCCCUGAGGCGGAUCUCCCAAAGAACUCUGGGCACUCUGAAACUGUGA